AUGAACGUUUUCCACGAGUUCUUCAAGUUCGUCGUCCUCAUCAAGGAGGACCAUUUCAGUUUAAAAAGGCUCCUAGGGAAGUUCGCGCAAUAUCUCACUGGCCGGGAGCCAGGUAGCAUGCACUUGCGGGAAGCCAAUUGCGGCUUUUGCCGGUGGCCUGUCGAGGUGUUGUUUGACGGGGAAGGCCACAUGUUCCUCCACACUUGCUGGGAGAAGUUUGCUAGCGCCCACAACCUCGAGGUCGGCUGCUUGGUGAACAUCAAAUGGGAAGGCGACGACGAGCUUAGGGUGAAGGUGUUUGAUAACACAUCCUGUCAUAGGCACUACCACGGCGACAACGGUGACGAUGGCAACGACGAUGAGCACAAGCCACGAAGAAGUCGAAUGCCAUCAGCAGCCUCCAAUAUAGGGUUUCUUAUCAGAAUCACCGGUGUGUAUAGCCUCUUCCUAAAUUGUGAAGCAGGUGCCGACGCCUCCGCGCUGCUGAUGCACUUACCGACGUCUAUUUGGGCAACAACGGUGGAGGUGCUCUAA